GCACGCUUCCCGCCGCGAUAAAUCGACGAAUAAAUGAGCGCCGCGACGAUAGAGCGAGUCCGGACGGAUUCCUGAUAAAGUCGAACGCGAAAUCUUCUUAUUUUUCGACGAUUUAUUUGUUGAGCCGCGUUUUGAAGUGGGGGAAUGUCAAGGUGCGUCACUCUUGUCUGCCAUUUCCUCGUGUUUUCUGUUAUCACCUGGUGCGAUAGUACUUGCGCGACCGCGGUGUCAUCCAACACGGAAUAUCGAGUGCGUCGUACUCAUUGUUCGCGAAAAGGUCGCUCGGCCAAAGCAAUUCUCUCUCAGAAUCUUGUCGAGUUUUCAACUUUUUCAGAUUCCUCCCUUGCUCUCGCGCUGCUCCUCGAGAAUAUCGAGGAUUCCGCGAAUUCAUUUGUGAGUAUUGCGCUUUUGGCGUCUCGACGAUCCUUACUAUUCCAAGCUGGGACAUGCUCCUGUCUCUUGCGUCACUUCGACCCGUUUAGCCAGAGGUUACGAGCGAACUGCGAGUUUGAUAUGUUGGCGAGUACGGUGAGAUACUCCGCGACGUGGCAACUCGGGUGGCCGAGAUCGAAGAAGACCGGCCGACCUUUUCCACGAAUCGUUAAAGCUAUAAGAAGAGUCUCCACGAAGGCGCUGGCGGGUGCGAAGAGCCUCGGCGGAUUCUUGUACAGCGCUGUGAACAAGGCCGGGAAGACCGUGGUGGAGGCCAGCGCGAAGAUCAAGAAGACCGUCGAAGAGAACAGGCUGAUCGCCGAACUCAAUAAGGAACAGGAGGCUUUCAUCGCCAGCAAGCAGACCGAGAAGGGCGAGGCUGUUGCACCGUGGGUCGGCGCGCCGAACGAGGAUGCGCUGCGCGAGGAGUGUCUGUCCCUCUCAACCGACCGGCGUAAUUUCGUGAGAGCACCACCGCCAGGCGUAGAAUUCGCUUGGGACUUCGAAGCCGUUCAGCCGAUGGCACAGGCCACUCUCGCCCUGGAUCCGAAUCUCGAGGCCAUGAGGUUCGAGCUGGUGCCGAAGGUUAUAUCCGAGGAGAACUUCUGGCGCAACUACUUCUACCGGGUGUCCCUGCUGCGCCAGGGCUACGAGCUGAACUCGAUGGCCAGCCAGGCGGAAAGCAACCCCAAUCAAACCCUUGCCAGCACCGACAGCAUCGACCACACUCAAGUUCAAAUGACCACUGGCCAGGGCACCACCGGCGCCACGACGACGAGCAGUAACAGCGCGCUGACCGAUUCGCCAGGUCACGAGUUCGUGUCCGAUACCAUGAGGGUCUCGGACACAGACCUCGAGGAGGUCCGAGAAGGGAUGAAAAAGCUGGGGAUGCAGCCACCGAAAGCCUAAAAGAAGAGGAGAGUGCCCCCCAAAUGCCAUUAUCCAAAGCACACCCCCUCAGAGAUAUACAUGCUUCCCGCUCUCGAAAACUGACGAUUUCGGUUCUCCUCAUCCUCCUCCUCUCUCGUCUUUCUUUCUCCCUCUCCCCCUCACCUUCCCGUUUCCCCAUUUUAUUCUUCUUUUCGUUUUUUAAAUCUUCGUUUCCGUCACGUUUGAUCGCGGAGCCGCCUAUGGCACGAACGGCGUUUUCUUCCUUCGCGGCUGUUCGUUCCCGAUCGGCCGGCAGUCGACGCGCGAUCCCGUACCGGUCGCAACAGAUCGGUUCGACUAAACACCGUGUCAGGUGCUAAAACGUGGAACGUCGUGGCCUCCUCGCACUCUGAUCCUGGAGCUAACUAACCCCUGAGCUAACGCUAAGCAUAGACAGUCUGUGGCCCAAGGCUGCUCCAAGGACAUCGCGAUCGUCGCAAUUAAACGGCGGAGAGAGCCGAGACGGUCGUGAAAACGAGUCUAAUUAGUCUAAUAGAGACAAAUCUCGGCAUAAAUUAAGUUUCAAUUUUUUUUAUAUAGUUAAGUGACUUGCAUGUGUGUGGAGAGGUCUCGGGGAUAUCAUUUUUAGUUCAAACUCGUCUCAUUGACAUACCACGAGCUCUAUCUCGCACGAGAGUCAAGGGCAUUUUUACAUUCCGAUGAAGGGUGCGUGCUUCUUUUUUCUCUGUCUAACGAGCAGCUGUCAUAUUCAGCAAGGAUAUUUAUUAUUCGUUCCUCGGAAAAACGCAGUAUUUCCGUUGUGAUUCCUUUAUAAUUCGGGUAUCCACACGUGACGCGGAUACGAGGAUACGGUUAACAGGUCAGCGUGCGAUGAGACAAGCCUAUAAUCAACGCAUGUCGAUGAAGCAGGGGAAAGGGGUGCGGGCGGGUCAUCUGAAUGAUUUAACAAGCCGAGGGGGUGGAUGCGCAGAGAGCGAGAGGAGCAGCGCCGUUUGAUUGCGCCGGUGAACAGCGUCGUUAUUAUAACUGUCAUCGAUGUCGUCGCUGGUCGGUUGUCGCCAUCGGCUCGGAUCUCGGUGAUAAGCUGGGAGGGAAAUCGACGCGAAUUCACAAUAAUUCAUCGUGAAAACGGCGGUAAGAAAAUCGGCGUGGGUGGAUGGAUAAAAAGAAAACGAAACGAGAAAAACGGAAAAGAAAAGGGCUCGGCAAAUCGCCAAAUGUAUCGAGCGCGGGAUACUCCGAGAAAUGUUGAUCCCAAAUACCUCAAGCAUGAAAUAAUGUUUCUUCGGCUGACGCAAGUCGGUCGGGCAAGUGUAUUUGAGAUUUUGCCCAGCCCUGCCGUGUCCGGGACACGUCGAGCUCGCCGAAUCGCGAAAUUCGAAGAUGUGACGCGACAGGAAGGAAACGAGAUACGGGGAAAAAUCCAGAGUAUCGUCACGCCGAAACGUUACGCGCCCGCGACAUACCAAAUAACGUAGAUAUGAUAGCAAUAAAAGGGAGGAUGUGCGAGAGAACGAGGAACGAGAAAGAAAGAACAAAGGAAAUAACCAUGCGGAGCGGAACAGAAAGGAAUACUCGGCCACUCAUGUUUGCAUGUCUGACAGUCUCUUGCUGUUGUCUCUGUAUUACUUCCAAUUAUUCUUGCCUUUCUCUCUCUCUUUUCUCGAUUUUCUCUUACUCUCUCUCCCUUUCUCUCUCUUUCUCUCCGUGUCUCUUUAUAAAUAAACGUGUCAUUAACGCAGCAACAAAUCGAAGAACACGCUCUCUUUAAAAGAAAAGGAAAGAAAAGACAAAAACAGACAGGUCGGGAGAUAACGCAGUCGCCGGUGGAAAACGCGAGAUUACGUUGCGCAAAUCGCACUUAAUCAUAAGUGUACCUUCGUAAGCGAUUAAUUAAAUGGAGACCUAAGAGAAAAAAAAGAGAAAUAUAUGUAUAAAUAUAAUACACUAUAUUACUAAAUAAAAUAUAAACAGUAGCGCGCGCGCUACACGGAUCCGCGAUCUUCCACCUCCGGAGCUCCGUCUCUCGUGGACGUCGCUUUUGUACAAAUAAUUAGGCUUCUACAGGGGACCCGGAGAAAAUCUGUUUAUUCUCUCUCUCUCUUUCUCUCUCUCUCUCUCUCUAUCUCUCUCUCUCUCUAUCUCUCUCUCUCUCUUUUCCUUUCUCUCUCGACAAGAAAGAGGAACAGUCGAGAAUCCGAGGAAGACAAAUCCUUUCUCGGUGGAUAUAGCCGAGGUCCUUUGUAAAUUCGUUUACUUCGGGUCUCAUUUCCGGUCUAAUUCGCGGUAUACAGCCACUAGAGGAGACGGAGGUUCCUGAUAAUUCGUACAAGACGAUCUCGCGAGUGCGGGUUAUCCGGAGGAGGAGGAGAAGGCGAUUGGAUUUUCGCGCGCCGCUAUAAAUUCGUUGAAUGACAAUACGUGUAUUUAAUACGGGAACGAGCUGUAACUCUGCUCGCGCCCGACACUCUUUCUCUCUCUCUUUCUCUCUCUCUCGUGGAUAUAGCUAGUGAUUUUCUUCCGAUACGAAGCGGCUAGCCGAGGUGCAAUCUCGUUUACACGUCCGUUCACCAGGAAGGAUGAGGGAAUAAAUUAAUUACUCGAGUUUUCUACGCGGACGGUCGUCGAUCAGACAAACGGUAAACGGGCGAUUUGUAUGCGUCAACUGAGGAUUUACGCCCGUAUACUGGGAACCUGCUUUUAAGAUUCGUCUACAAUAUGUAAGGAAAACUUGGUUGAAAUGAGAAAUAAAAAUAAUUUAUUUUGCUGAGAAAGAGAAAAGAAAUGGUUCCUCUAAUUAAAAUUACUUUCAGCCUCAAAUUAUUUUUUAUUCCAAUCUUUUUUGUGGUAACAUGAUUGUAACGUACAUGUAAGCUAAUAAUCACUAACAUUAUAGUAGAAUUUAAUUAAAGGAAUAAUCAUCUCUUGAUCAUGAUUUAUAGUGAUUAUUUCUCUGUGUAAUUAUAGUUACAAAUACCAAACAUUUUUCUCUCAGCGUACGCCUAUUCUCUAACUGCCUUACAUUGAAGGUAUUCCUCUUAAGUAAGAGAGAGAUACUUCCGGCGCAAGGAAGUUACAGUAUAGACAUAAGGGAAAAUUUAACUUAUAAAUAAAUUACUUUUAUCUCUUUCUUAAACUUACGCCAAGCUUACUUAGCGUAUUGUGGACAAGUUCUUACGCUUCCGCAGAGCAAAAACGAUCGAGUGGUGGACGGAUAAACGGACGGACGCACAUAUGUAUAUUUCCGCAACUGCAACCAGGAAAAUGCAAACGCGGAACACGAAGUCGCACACGUAUGGUGAAUAGUCGAAACAGAGUUUCAUUCUCGUUCAAAGAGAGAGAAAGAGAGAGGGAGAGAGAGAGCUAUCAGGGGAGGAAACGUCGACGAAGUAUUUACCGUCGAUUGUUAACGGAUCGCUGCGGUAAUCGUUGCGAUUCCAUGAGAACAUUUACGCGCAAAUUUCGUGUGGCGUACGUUCCGUUUUUCACGUUCACGCGACGGCAUUUAAUUAAUACAUUCGCAGCGCGGCACGAUUUGAUUUUUCGCUCGAGAAGUUUCACUUGCGUUUCACUCCGUCAAGUAGCGAGACAAACGAUCGGAUCCUCUCGAGUGCGUUCCUUACAUAUUGCCUAACUCACGAUCCUCUGCGCCGCGUCUGCGACUUUUUCAUCUUUAUAUUUGUAUCGCGGGAAAAGAAUCAAGAGGGGGGUAGAGGAUAAAAAUAAAAGACUCGCCGACGCGGUGUUUUAGAUUAUCGUGAGGUGAAUAAAAUAGGUGAAACUAAUUCUCUCUCUCAGCGUCUCGUGGUCUCGUGCAUUAUGUUUGCACUUGUUGUUUCUCUUCUCCUUUUUCUCUCUCUCUCUCUCGUUCGAUUUUAUACGAUAGUUUUAUCGAGGAUACGUGUACAUACGUAUAUAUACGUAUUCUCGCGCGAGUGUGCAUGAAAAUAUCGGAUUAUCCGCUCGCGCGGUGCCGAGGCAUCCCGAUAAAACGUGGCAACUGAAUUAUGGCCUUUGGUUCUCCCGGUGCGUGGGCACUUCGCCACCCGGUGCCGUGAACUUCGACUUUUCCGCGUCGGGGAACAUCGAAUAUCGCUCUCGACUCGACGCAGGGCGCGCGUAAAGGACGCGUUCAACAAACGUGGACACAGUACUUUUUUUUUUGUCAGUAUCUCGUCCCUUUCGUGUGCGAAGGGAGGCGCCGACGAGCGUCGCAGACGCGUCAUCGAAGUGGCGUUGAAACCGCGUCCAGGGAACCCGCGAACUCGUUCUAAUCGUUUUGGAGCGUUAGGGACGGGGACAAAGAUGGGGAACGCACCGUAAAAGUAUUAUUUAAGCAUUUAGUGUUUUUAGGGGCCAUAUUCGACGGAGGCCCGCUGUAAACUUAUCUUCUCGCACGUGAAACGCGUGCACGUAUGAUAGCGUUAGAUAAUUUCGCGCUUGAACGAUAAACGAUUUAGUAUGGCGGUGUCCAAAUGGUUUGGCGUAUGUGUGGUGUGUAUGUGUGUGUGUGUGUAUGAGUGCGUGUAUGCACGUGCGUGCGUGCGUGUAUGUAAUGUAUGUAUUCGAUUUCGCGCGAUGCGACCGCAAUAAAAAUCUCAUAUGGGAUUUUAUUGAGCAAACGAUACAUUGCAAAAAAAUAUCCAAUUCAAAUUCUUGUUAAAGCUUUCGAAAUAAUUACUUGCUCUUUUAUUCAAUCCCCUUUUUAUCCAUGUGUACGGAUGUACCAUGUGUAAAGUAUCGAUUAUUUCACCGUAUACACACAACCCUUUCGUGUAAUACCACGACACUUUGGGCACCGCUGGUUUAGCGCGCGACGAGUAUUACUCUCAUGGUCGUACCGGUCCGAUAAUUGCAUUUCUGAGCGUUUAAGUCGCGAUUAGAUCCCGAAUAAUUGCUUUUGUAAUCGCGAGACAGUCACUUUUGUAACAAAGUAUGUUAAGCGAGAAGCUAUUAGCCGCUAGCUACUCCUUCCGUCGCCGUGACGCUGUAAUUUUCAGGGAGCUGUGUAAUCGGCGAUCGCGUGUGAUAAGUGUAACGUCGUCGUCGUCGGCGUCGUGAUUCGUGAAGUAAGCACGGAGGAAGGUAUGAAAGGGAAAAGCGCGCGAUCACGUCUCGUCCCUCUCGAUAGUAUAAUCGCAUAAUCUCUCGUUCUCUCAGGCCAACUAACAUAUCCUUGCCCAACAAACGCGGUUUAACGAAGCGGAUUCAAAGCGAGCGCUUUCGAGGCAAAGGGAACGUCCCUGUCGCUUCCGUUUUGCGUUCUCUUAAUCUUUCUCUCUCCUAUCUCUCUCUUCUCUGAUUUUUCCGUUCCUGCAAUUUGAGUUUUGCCUCUCUCACGAUCCUACACUCUUACACACUCAGAGACAAUUUUACACACUACGCGCGCGCGCGCACACACACAUACACACACAUACAUAUGAACACACUCGUUAUUCCCGUGUACGAGAAACUACUCGUACUCACACCGCGGAAACACAAACAGCAACACAAACAGACAUACAAGACCAGUGUGUGGCCCUCUCUGCAAAAUAGCUACAACGCUGCUUGUGCCUCUCCGCAGAAGAAGAUUGGGAACGUGAAUUGGAGGCCGAGCUAAAGGAUUACGAGGUUGUAACCGGCAGCGGUGGCGGUAGCAGCGGUCAGGAGAGGAGCAUCGCGUCCACGAGGGACGUCACGGCCAGUGAUAACGAUUGGGAGAAGCAGAUCGACGAGC